AUUUAUUAUUAUUUAUUUCACCUAGAGGUUAGUUUUUACUUAUUUUUAUAAAUGUUUGACUUAUACGAGGUUUUUUUAAAAAUGUAUUGAAAAUGACAAGUAUAUUAGAACACUUGGAAUCCAACCAACUUAUUCUGACAGAACGAAAGUGACAAGAGACUGGCAAUUGAGAUGGGCCUUCUGAAUGAAUCCAUGCAAGGCCUACGUGAUGCUAUAAAACGUCAAGAACACCAACUGUCCAACUACAUCAACAAGCAAGGGUUUCAAGAUGCUCAACUAUUUUCGAAAGGAGAUUUUAGUGAAGAAUCCCAGAAGUUUUACCAAACUCAAAGUAAUGACUUAGAAAAUCAAUUUGGAACCCGUCUGUGCAGUGCAGAAAGUAACAUCUCUCAAUCCUCUCACUGGAGCUGUAGCUUAGACACUAUAAACUCAAGUAUUGGAGACUUAACAGUUGUGUUAAAGAGUCAAGAUAAACAAGUUAUAAGAUUGAUCACAGAAAAUGAAGAACUGAAAAAUGAAAUUAAAAAGACUGAGAAGGAACUAAAAAAAACUAGAUUUUUACUAAAGGCUGAGAGAGAAACCUUUGAACAGUAUAAAAAAGACACAUUUCAAGAAGUAAAAAAGCAUAAGAGUGAAGAAUCCUGUGAAACAAGACCUAAUAAGCAUUUUCAGGAGAUGAUAAAACUAAAAUCAGAACUGGCCCAUUACAGGCAGAUGUUUGUGGAACAGAGUCAUACAGUUAAUCGCCUCUCUAAGCUUGUCACCAAUUUGAAGGGAGACAGGAUCUUGCUCAAAGAUAAGUUGCUGCAACAGGAAAAAAAAGCUAACAAGUUCAUUUUGGAAAUGGCUCAGCGUUUCGAAAACAGUAGAAAAGAGUUCAAUAUUGUCAUUUCAAAAAAGCUGGAAGAACAAAGAGUUUCUCCAGGAAAAGUAGCAGUCUACAAGCUAACAGAUCGCAAUGCUCGCCUAGCAUAUGACAAUUCAAUGUUGAAGCUGGAAUUGGAUAUGUUGAAAAAGCAACUGCUGGAGAGAAGAAUUGAAGAGAAUAAACUUCAUUGCUUGACAGACCGGACGGUUCAGUACAGUAAAGAAGCUAAUAAUUUUGACUUUGAAAAUCCUCAUCUCGAAAAAUGCAGGGAUUCAAACACUUUUAACACACUCAAAGCUUCAGUCAGUGAGAAAAGCGGGUUGACAAACGUUUCCUUUCAAAAUUGCACAAUCGCAGUAAAAACUUCAGUGACAAGCCUUAUAAACAGGAAUAAGAAAUCUGUGUUGAUGUGGCAGCCUGACCAGGACCCGAGGCCUGUCAGUAAAGUGUCAAACUCGAAUCAGGUGAACAGUUCGGCAGACAGUUCGGAGGAUGUGAGACUCAUGAGGGUGUUCUCCGCUCCUCAGUUGACAGCAAGUCAUGGCAGUCUGGCUAUAAAGGAGUUACAGGACUUGAAGACCAAGUAAGGAACAACUGUGAACCAGAUUUAUUGUCAUUUUACAUAGAUGUUGAAAUUACAUGGAUGGAUAGUAACACUGACAACACAUGUUUAGAGUUUACAAAAUAUACAGUACAUCGAAUCUGAAAUGAAACGCUAUCGAUUUAGUUAUGACUCGAAAAACUUUUAGAAAUAAAAUGUAACUGUGCUUUUUACAAUGUACCUAAGUGAUGUGCUAAAAUAAAAAUCUAUGUGUGUUCUAACUAGUUUAUAUUCUUAGACACCAAAAUAUGACAGGCUCGUAUUAGAGAUAGAAAGACAAUUAAAGAAAAGAAACCAUGUCAACAUCAAUACAUUAGUACGUGCGACAAAUACGAAUCGAGUGCCAAAACUACAGAAACAAGAGUCAACUCAACGUGGAAAUAUGAUAAAUUAUUAAAAGCUAAAGCUAAUAGUAUUUACAUAGUUAUACAGCAAAUUUGUUUGUUGAGUUUCAUUUAUUAUUCUAGGAACAGCAAUUUGAGUGAUGAAUUCAUUUUGUGAUUUUGUAUGCUGAAGAACCAUAUUAUUCUUCAUCUUUCAAAGCUGAUAUGUACAUGAAAUUUGUUUUAAAAUGUAUAUAUACACAAAAAUGUAAUAUAUUCAUAUAUUUACAAUAUAAUUUUCAGGACUGAUGAUUUUUCACUAAAGAAAGUUUUUACUCGUAUACAAUGAGGACAUUAAAUAAAAUUAAUGUAAAAGAAAAUGACAUUCCUGGACAUUUUCUAAUUCCUAUCAGUAAUAAGUAUAUUUUUGUUAGUUGUACAAUGAUAUGAGUAAAAUAAACAUGCAUUGUGAAAAAUGUUCUUGUUGAAUAAAACAGAAAGUGAAUCUGUAUUUCUUGAAAUAGUUUUAACUAUUAAAAGACAAUUUAUCAUUGAGAAUGAAUUUUUCAAAAAUCUAAAGUGAAGCAUUUAUAAAUAAUUAAUGAGGAAAUUUUAUCUGUAAAACCUUCUGUUUAUAUAAGUUAAAUCUAUAAUUCAAAAAGUAAUACAUUGUAUUUAAAAUUUCCUUCAUAAAUAAGUUUAUUUUCUUAAAUGUGAGAAAUGUACAUUAUUCCAGGCACAUGAAGUCAACAGAAACUAUUUAUAAAAGUUAAUAAUAAAAAAUUUACAUUUUUCAUAAUAAAAAAACUAUGCUUGAGAUGACUUUUCUCUCAAAAUAUAAGUUGUUGCUAGAUGAUGUUAUUUUAUAUUAAAGCCAUGUAUGAUAUUAUCCAUAUUUACAAUACUAUCCUUGCAAGACAACUGUAAAUACUCGGUGAAUAAUGUUAAUAGAUUGUUAAUCAUUAACAAAUUUAAACACUAGUUCUAAAUUUAUUUUAAUACCUUAUUACCAAACAUUUUCCAAUAUAAAACUUUCAGUCCUUAUUCCUAGAAACUAAUUUACUAUUAAGUACAACUUAAUAAAAACAAUUGCCUUGAGAUGUGUUGAUGCUAUUUGAGUUUUUGGAAUACAUUUUUAUUCCCAAAAGGGUUGGUAAUGAAGAGUAUGUAGAAGAACUUGAUCACUCAUAGGAUUCUAAAAUAUUACUGUGUUAUUGUCAUAUAAUUACUUCCAUAUUCUUUGUAUUGGUGUUUAUAAAAUAAAAUAUACAUGUUAAGUAAAAUUACUGGAA